UUGACUUCUAAUAUGCGUUAGUAGUUGAAAGGAUUCUGGAGGAAAAAUGAAAAAGCAUAGAGAGGAACCAUUUUAAGAGGCGGUAACGGGUCGGGUUCUUUCAGACUGGUUCGGACUCUGGAUUGUGUCUUGGAUUCGGCAUAGCAUCUGCUCUGAGUCGCUUACUCCGUUUUUGAUUGACUGAACUUUGGAAAUGCCGGUGAGAGUGGCAGAGAGCUCCGCCCCUUCUCAACUUUCAGGUUCAAAUUGUGGACAGACCUCUCCCUCAGCUUGCUCACUUUUAAGCGUUGGACAGGCCUUCUCCGGCACUCAGAAUGUGUCUAGUCUGCAAAAGGACGAAGCUUGGAGAGUAAAUGUUCGUAUACAGGGCUGUGACCUUGAACAUGGUUAUCUAUGUGGAACCAUGGAAGCCCUUAAUGUUCCUAUGGCAGACACACCGGUAGUUACCUUUUGGGAAGGAGAGAUCGUUGACACCAAGAAUUAUACUUUCUUCACUGGAAAAUGGGAAGCAACACCAGAGGAUGAUAUAAGGCACUGGACCAAGUUUCCUUCUUUUUCGGCUCUACAGAGCCAUGUGGAAGUUGAUGGCGGAAAAUCAUUAGAUCUGAGUAACUAUCAAUACAUAUUCAUGAGAUGGAAAGAGCAAUACUUUGUGAAUGUUGGCACAGACUGUGGGCUGACUAUAGCUGGCUUUUACUAUGUCUGUUUCUCUUGUAGUGAUGGCUCCAUCAAUGGUUUCUAUUACGAUCCUAACAGCAGCCCAUUUCAGAAGCUUGAGCUGAAAUCCACUAACGAGGGAAGACAAGGUUUCAGCUUUUCAUCAUACGAGCUGAGAUAGAGUUGAAUAUACCUAUGUAUCCUACCAGAAAUUGGACAACUUGGGAAAUUUGUUGUACAAGCAUUGUAGAAUAUCCCUUAGCUACUUUUAUCUGGUUAUUACCGUUUCUUAUUGACUUGGGGGUGAUAUGAAAUCAACGCAUGUUUAGCCAAACUUUCAAUUCAGAAGUUGAAUUUAUUAUUGUGAUCACAAGCAAAAAGAUCCAAACUUUGGUUCUAUAUGAUUCUUGUAUGCUAA